GGAAAUUAAAGUGUUGUGGAAAAUUUCUCAUAUAUUGAUUUGAUACUAAAGGAAGGACCCAAAUCGGAGACCAGAACGGAACCCUAAAUCUUCUCCGAUGGCAUUACCGGAGCCACCACAAAGCUUCUUCCCUUCCAAAGAUGAGUUCUUGAGACUCCUUACCGUUUUGCUUGUGGCUUGUGCGGUGGCUUUUACCUGCAAUUUCCUCGCUAAGUCUAUGAGCUCAAACCCUACUAUAUCUUUCUGCGAUAGUAACUUUGAUUCCCUCGAUUCAGACUUGGAUUUGUGUGAACCUUGUCCAAUUAAUGGAGAAUGUUACCAAAGGAAGUUGAAAUGUAAUCAUGGAUACAGAAAGAAAGGAAAUUUAUGUGUAGAAGAUGGAGAAAUCAAUGAAUUAACCAAGAAAUUGGUUGGGUAUUUUGAGAGAAAGGUUUGUGAGGCAUAUGCUGAUAGUGAAUGCUAUGGUACUGGAAAAAUAUGGGUUCCGGAGAAUGAUGUUUGGGAAGAUCUACGUAGCAACGUUUUCUUGAAUACAUUAGACGAGUCUGCUUACAUUUUUGUAAAAGGAAAGGCUGUAGAAGCUGUCACCGAGCUACUACAGAAAAGGACUAAUUCUAAUGGGAUUAAUGAGUUGAAGUGUCCUGAAUCGGUUGUCAAAAGUUACAAACCCUUGACUUGCCGCAUCCAUCAAUGGCUCUUGAGAAACAUCUUAAUCAUCUCAUCCUCCUGUGUAAUGCUAGUGGGCUGCGCAAUAUUGCGUAGGAAAAUUCGAAGUAAGCGACAAUUUUCACGUAGAGUGGAAGAGCUAUACAACCAGGUCUGUGACUUUCUGGAAGAAAAUGCACUGGCAUCAAAUUCUUCAGAUGACUGCGUUCCUUGGGUUAUCGCAUCUUGGUUACGUGAUUAUCUACUUUUGCCUAGAGAAAGAAGAGACCCUCAGUUAUGGAGUAAGGUUGAGGAGUUAAUACAAGAGGAUUCACGUAUAGACCGAUACCAGAAACUCGUCAAGGGUGAACAAAGAGUUGUAUUGGAAUGGCAAGUUGAAGGUUCACUUAGUUUAUCCAAGCUGAAGAAACGGCGAGAGACGGAGAAGAAAGAUAUAAAAGUUAUUGGUUCAACAAACACAAGCUUGCAAGAAUACUACAACAGAAGAAUCGCUGGUAAGAAGCUGAAAAGUGAAAACCAUUUCUAUUGAGUCAACAACAGUAGACAUUUGUCUUAAGAUUGAUCUUUAUCUGUUCUUUUUUUGUUCAGAGACAAGUUCUUAAUACAUUUUACAAAAGAACUAUAUAUAGAAGCUUGUUGUGGUUCUCCACGCAAUUGUUAAAAGAAGAUCCAAGGACUGAAGCAUUGUCGAUUUUUCAUGCUGUUUUUAUUCCUGUUUAAAUAUUGACUUUAGAUUUGGCUCUCUCUUGUUUGGAUCAGAAGAGAAAGUGAUUAGAAUUUGUAGUCUUUACAAUAUAUAUAUAUAUAUAUUUGUACGAUAA